UGUGACGUCACACAUGGCUUUAAAAUGACCGCCCCUUUCGGACCGUAUUUAAAGAAGUUUAAUUUUGUGGUUUCUCUUAGUUAAAAUAUUUUUAGCGUAGCCUAUCCACAAGAUAUUUAAGUCUUUUGAAUAACAUUUUGUUUUACAAUAUUUGUUUCAAGAAAAAACGGACAGAGUAGUUUUUAAUAUACUGUAACAAACUAGUUCAAAAUUUAAAGGAAGUCUGAAAUUGAUCCAAAUAAAGAUAUCACUUGCGGUUAGACAUUUUCAUUAGAAAUUCCACUUUAGUAUUUAAAACGAAAAACAACGUAUGUCUCUUCAAAUUAAAUUUGAAUUGUAGAAGUAUUUCAAGACAAAUAUCACUUUACUAAACUCACCUAAAUUAUCGAGAGAACGUAUAUUCUGAAACUCAAAGUUAACUGGAUUUCGUGUGUAUUUUAGAGCCUGAUAAGUAAGAACUGAAUUCGGUCAAUAGGUAACUGACCAGCACUGAUUUCAGUCAAAGACUUUCAGGCAGGUUUUAAACAGGGAUACUGACCGGUGCAAGAUGGCCAACAGUUGCAGAAAAACCCGCCCAGUUCUUUGUUUGUUUCUGGUCGUGAUCUGUAGUUUAACGGGAGCCUCCGGACAAAUAAACACGUCAGAGCAGCAAUGGCCGUUCCCCUUCGGCUACGUCGACCUGUGCUUCCACUUCCGUGGCACGUGCAACACCACGUGCAGGUUCGUCAACCACCAGCGCUGGGGCGUGCCCCUGUGUCCCAUCUAUGUCAACCCCUCCCUGCAGUGCUGCUUCGAGAUGCCAGACAACAUGACCCCACGCCCCUGGGUGUCAACAACCACCACGCCAACCCCUCCAACAACCCGGGCUGCGGAGUAUGCGACGUGCGGUACCCAGCCCAGUACCAGACAGAAGAGAAUUGUGGGAGGAAGUCUGUCCGCAGAAGGCCGAUGGCCGUGGCUGGUGACCAUCCGGAGCUGGAUCGGCCAUCACGCCUGUACAGGGGCGGUGGUAUCCCAAAGAUGGGUCAUAACGGCUGCCCACUGCUUCAAAGUGUUCAGUUUCCCUCGCCUGUGGCGAAUUAAAGUUGGCGAACACGAUCUUAUUCGCCAUGAGCACGGGGAGAGGGAGAUUGUUAUACGUGAUAUUAUAAUGCACCCUAACUAUUCCUCUGUGGCCAGUAACGACACCAGCUACCUCAAGUACCUGAACGACAUCGCCCUGAUCCAGCUAGACGAGGAUGCCCUUACCCAGCCCAUAUGUCUGGAGCCCAACCAGUGGCCCCCCACAGACCUCAGAAACUCCAUUGAGGAGAACCCCGAGUAUGAGAUCGAAAACGCUCUGUACGUCCCGAACCCCAGGUUCGAAUCCCGUCGAGUUGUUGUUGGUGGGGAGACGGACAACGAGAUACCUGAGGUGAAUUAUCGACCCCCGGAGCCCGAGAACCUCAGCACCCACGGGACGUGCUGGGUGGCUGGGUGGGGGGAGACUUUAGACAACCUGAGCCAGGACCAGAGCAUACGUGAAGUUUCCGGUGACGUCAUCGACCAAGAGCAGUGUAACCAACUGUGGCGCACGACCCUGCCCAACGAGAUGAUGUGUUUUGGUGACGGUUCCUUUGGUCCUUGCAGUGGUGACUCAGGCUCCCCCCUGGCCUGUGAGAGGAACGGCCAUUUCUACAUCGCCGGUGUGACGUCAUGGGGGACGGAAUCCUGCAACAUCACCGGCUACCCCAGCGUCUUCACACGGGUCGAACCCUACCUGCCCUGGAUCCGAACCAUCAUGAGCCGCAGCAUGAACCCCGCAGCCUGAACCCCGCAGCACGAAAACCCACUCGAAUCCACCAUAAACCCAGCACACUGGUUACAAAUUGUCAUUGAAUUAGGAGAAAAUAAUAAACUAAAUUUUAAAAUUAAAAAAUUUUUUUUUCAGAAAUAACAAUAUUUAUGCGCUUCAUUUUUACGCUUUUAAUAUGUUUCUUAUUUUUUCAAAAAUAUCUAAAUUUGUUUUUACUUACCUAUUUCAUUCACUGGUAAAUAUUUUUAAGAGAAUAUUUUUUAUUUUCCUUAAAUUACGACAUUCGUACUCCGAAUUUGUAGUUGUAUUUAUUUAUUUCAUAAAUUAUGUUUUUAUCCUAUAAUUGUUGUUUUAGGUUAUUUAUCAAACUUUGAAAAUCAAUAACCCAAUCACAAUUAAAUUUUUAAAAAAAUUGUGCUUGCCUAUAAAAGUAUCUAACCAAAAAGUUAACAAAUACCGGUAUCGUAAAUAAAGUUUGUUGUUCAUACAC